AUGUUGCUUGAGGACCUAGCCACCGAGAUUGUAGCCCACGUCUUUCUUUCCUGUACAUCCAUUUCCGACGUCCUCGCUCUUUCCUCCACCUGCAAACGCUUCCGCCGCAUAUACACCUCCUCGCAGCGUCUCCCGAUCCUGCAACACGCCGCCGAGGCUCAGUACGGCCCGCUCGAAGACGUCAUCCAGCUCCUGACCCACAACGCCAGCCAACGCGCGCACAUAAUCCGCUCCGUCCCCUUUUCUCUAGCGCUACUGAAGCAAAUCGUCCACACAGGCCGCAUCGCCGAGAAGUGGAGCGACAUCUACCCCUUCAAGAAAUGGAAGCACGACUUCGAGCACCGGCGGAUGCUGACGACCUCCGAGCGCUACCGCCUCCGCCGCGCCCUCUACCGCCUCUGGCUCUACACGCGCGCCUUCCACAACCCGGCCCACCCGCGCAGCCUCCGCAUGAACCACCUUGUCCUCCACGAGCGCGCGCAACUACUGCACAACUGGAGCACCGCCGAGCUCGCCGAGAUCGCCGACGUGCACCUUGUCCUGCGCGAAGUCAUCCGCUCAAACGUCUGCCCCUCGAACGGCACCAUCGCGCGCAAGUUCAAGAAGCGCUACCCGGACCACGACGGCAGCCAGCUCCUCUUCAACAUCCACCUCAACUACCCGCCGCCUGUGUCCUACAACCCCUUCGCGGCCCCGGCGCUCAGCUCGCUCUACCACAAUAGCCCCGCCCUCGCGGACCGCUUCUCCUACUCCAAGUUUCAGGCGACAGCGUACCACGAGCCCGGCGCCGAGGGUUGGGGCGACGACAUCAGCCAGUACUACGUCGUCGAGGACAUGAUGAAGUUGGAUCCGGAGCAGAUAUUAUGGCUGAAGGAGAAUGCGCCGCUUAAGGGGCAGGUGGAGCUAUAUGUCAAGGGCUUGGGGGACUGGUUCGAGAAUAAUGGGGAUACGUGGGGGCAGACGCUUGUCGAGGUGUUGGGGGAACGGGGAGAAGAUGUUGGAGAGGUGCUGGGAGGGAUUGCGGAGGGGGGUCUGGGCGUUGCUGUGCUGGACGAGCUAUAG